AUGGAAGGGGGGGAAGGGGAUAAGGAAGAGAAGAGAGAUUUUCCUGAGCGAACAGCGGAGCAGCGUAACCACACAGCAGAGCAGCGUAACCACACAGCAGAGCAGCGUAACCACACAGCAGAGCAGCGUCACCACACAGCAGAGCAGCGUCACCACACAGCAGAGCAGCGUCACCACACAGCAGAGCAGCGUCACCACACAGCAGAGCAGCGUCACCACACAGCAGAGCAGCGUCACCACACAGCAGACCAUCAUUGGCUCUGUCUCUUCAGUCCGACCGGGUUAACCUCCCGCAGAGGGGACACAGCAGAGCGUCAUUGGCUCUGUCUCUUCAGUCCGACCGGGUUAACCUCCCGUAGAGGGGACACAGCAGAGCGUCAUUGGCUCUGUCUCUUCAGUCCGACCGGGUUAACCUCCCGUAGAGGGGACACAGCAGAGCGUCUUUGGCUCUGUCUCUUCAGUCCGACCGGGUUAACCUCCCGCAGAGGGGACACAGCAGAGCGUCAUUGGCUCUGUCUCUUCAGUCCGACCGGGUUAACCUCCCGCAGAGGGGACACAGCAGACCGUCAUUGGCUCUGUCUCUUCAGUCCGACCGGGUUAACCUCCCGCAGAGGGGACACAGCAGAGCGUCAUUGGCUCUGUCUCUUCAGUCCGACCGGGUUAACCUCCCGCAGAGGGGACACAGCAGAGCGUCAUUGGCUCUGUCUCUUCAGUCCGACCGGGUUAACCUCCCGCAGAGGGGACACAGCAGAGCGUCAUUGGCUCUGUCUCUUCAGUCCGACCGGGUUAACCUCCCGUAGAGGGGACACAGCAGACCGUCAUUGGCUCUGUCUCUUCAGUCCGACCGGGUUAACCUCCCGUAGAGGGGACACAGCAGAGCGUCAUUGGCUCUGUCUCUUCAGUCCGACCGGGUUAACCUCCCGUAGAGGGGACACAGCAGACCGUCAUUGGCUCUGUCUCUUCAGUCCGACCGGGUUAACCUCCCGUAGAGGGGACACAGCAGAGCGUCAUUGGCUCUGUCUCUUCAGUCCGACCGGGUUAACCUCCCGUAGAGGGGACACAACAGACCGUCAUUGGCUCUGUCUCUUCAGUCCGACCGGGUUAACCUCCCGUAGAGGGGACACAGCAGAGCGUCAUUGGCUCUGUCUCUUCAGUCCGACCGGGUUAACCUCCCGUAGAGGGGACACAGCAGAGCGUCAUUGGCUCUGUCUCUUCAGUCCGACCGGGUUAACCUCCCGCAGAGGGGACACAGCAGACCGUCAUUGGCUCUGUCUCUUCAGUCCGACCGGGUUAACCUCCCGUAGAGGGGACACAGCAGAGCGUCAUUGGCUCUGUCUCUUCAGUCCGACCGGGUUAACCUCCCGUAGAGGGGACACAGGAGAUAGAUAGCAUCUGUCUGCACUAUUGAUUGCCAAGUCUUUUUCUACAGUUGAAGGAAAUGUGCAUAAUGAUGUCUUCUUCUCUCUGUUUAAUGCCAAUGCAGCUCUAUACGAUAUAGGCUACAGUCACAAAACCCAAUAUUUUCUCACAGAUAGGUCACAACGAUGCAACAUCUCUAUAAAAUGUGUCUACCUACAGUAUGGAAACUCCCUUUUGCAUAUCCAGAUUCGAUUUUCGUUAUUUAAUUUUGUUAGCAACCGUUCCCUUCCUGUAUUAUAUUAUUGAACAUAUGAUUCCUAAUGUCUAGAAUGAUGUUAAUUUCAUAUGUACAGUAAAGCCAACCCAACAACAACAACAACAACAAAAAUAUACUAUUAUUUACUAACUAUUAUUAUUGCAUCUUAAAGAAAAGAUAUGCCGUAUGGUCCUACAAGUGUGCUGUUAUUGUAUUAAAUGAGAUCCAUGUCACUGAUGUUUCGGCAGUAUAAUGCACGUAUGACAGGGUUUUGCUAUACAUUUUCAACGUUAGCAUUUGUUUACAAUUUAGAUAGACUGACUGAAGCUAUAUUUACAUUGCCUCAAGGUACGAGCGAAUAUCGAUGAGAAAGGGUUUGUUGAUCAGUCUCUAUUUCGUGUACCGGGCGAUAAUGGACGCGGUUUGAGCAUAGAGCAAAUGAUUCUAAGGGAAAUAUGUAAUUGUAGUUAAAGAUUUGUAUUGUUCUUUUGACAAGUUCUGUUAAAGAUAUUUUGUGUUGAGUUUAACAAAGCAAUCGUGAAAGAUUAUGCAGUUGAAAACAUCUUUUGAAUCCUGUGUACACAAGCCCCAUAUAAAUGACUGGACUUGGUAUCCAACAGAUUUCAAAAGAUGUUCUGUUGAAAUUGGCCUCUUUAAGAAAAUGUGCAUGUUUGUGAUCCCUCCUCGUCCUCUCACCUUACCGAUGGCCUGUGAUAGGCCGGCACUUCCUGAGCGAGCCAUUUGUAUGGUAAGAUGCUGAUGAUUAUAUCUACGGUAGACAGCACUCAUCUAGCAUGUUGCAUUCCUGCUUUUCUCUUUUAGUUUGUUCCUAGAUGGGUCCUGCGUUUGGUUAUCCUUAUUUAUACUUUGAGCCCCGGGGUGUUUACAGCACACUGUAGACAUAGAAUGGCAUGUCAUUCUAUGCCAUUGUAUAUCUAUGCUUUACAGUGUGUACCUCCCUCCUGGUCUCUGGUUCGCAUGCUGAUGAUGAAGAAUACUUUUCCAAACCAGACAUUGGACAUAAUUGUUGUCAUUCUGUGGUUUGUGUAAAAAUGCAAUGUAAUGGAUUGCCUUAAUAAAGUGAUUGAAGAGUAAUGAAA